AUGAUGAGAUCUUCCUUGCUUUCCUUGCUCUUUGCGGGCAUUCUGUCCAUGGCCACUGCAUUUGUCGUCCCUUCUACCACCCCUGCUCGUUCCAGUGCUACUUCCCUUUUUGCCAAGUACAAGACAAUGGAUGAAAUCUUGGCACUGUUCCCGGAAGACAAGCCCGUGUUGAUUAAUUUCUACGAUGCCAAUACGGAAGGCGCCAUUAAAGAUGACAUUUUCAAGGCCAAGCAAUUGCUCGAAGAUCGAGCCAAGUUGGUCAGCAUCAAGCAACAAGAUUAUCCCGAUUUGGCCAAACUGUGGGAUGCCGCAGAAAAAAGUCCCUCCAUGAUCUUGUUCAAGGAUGGAAGUCCCGUGACGAGACUAUAUGAGAAAACUGACUACUUGGACGUGGUGGCUCAUGUGGGAAGAUUUUGCAGGGAUGAAUAA